GCCCUUUCGUCGUUAUUCGAUUUCAAAAUAAAUGCCGGAAGACAUUUUUUUUAUCUUCAAAAAGAUGUAUUGGACAUGUGACCAGCCGUCAUUUAUCUCAUGAAAGUCAUUGUUGUUUAGUGAGGUUGGAAAUGAGGUCAUUUCUAUAGAAGCUCUUAAAUAGCGAUAACCAUGUUAAACUUCAGGAAAAGUUCAUCAUCAUCCGUUGAAAGAGGCUGGGCCUGGAUAGUACUUCUGGGAUGCUCUGUGGAAUACUUUGUCAUUCUUGGAAUGUUUAAAUCUUUUGGAUUAUUUUUCGUGCAAUUUCAAAGAAAGUACAACACAAGCGCCUCUGUCCUCUCCCUAAUUUUAUCGGUUCAGAACAUCAUAGCAAGUUUCAGUUCCUUUAUAAUCAUGGGAGUAGGAACUCGUUAUUUCACAGAAAGAACAAUGGUAAUGUUUGCAGGACUUAUAGGACUAGGGUGCUGUAUAGGAAACGCCUUUGCUCCGUCAGCAGAAGUUUUGUUUUUUACACAGAGUUUUUUGUUUGCGGUUUCAGCAAUGACUGCACAUCUACCGUCUAUGCUGAUGAUCAGCAAAUACUUCGAAAGAAGACGAGGAAUGGCGAAUAGUAUUGCCAAUGUUGGAGGAAGUCUGGGGGGCUUCGUCUUGCCCUUUUUCUUGACUUUUCUAUUCAGCGAAUACGGCUUAGAAGGCACGCUUAUAAUUGCUGGAGGGUUAUUCCUUCAGUUUUUGCCUGCAGGACUAAUAAUGCGUCCAAUUGAAAGAGAUAUUCAUAUAAAUGAAAAAAAAGACAGGAACGGCGUCGUAUUACAUAAAGAAGACAAAGAAUGUACAAACAAUCUUUUGUCAAACCAAACAGACAAGAAGAAUGUUAUUGAGUAUGAAAUCCAAGAUACUUACAAUGGAUCAUGCACGUCGCUUCAUAAAACAAUGAACACAGAGAGGAAAUCGAAUUCAUUGGUAAAUAUAAACUCAAACCACAUGAACUGCUCAGUACGAUCAGCAGAACUAUUUGGAAGUUCAUUAGAUAUCGGAAGCACCGUAUCUAUAGAAAACAUUAAUGCAGGCAGGUCACAACAUCAUUCAUUGUCCACGUCGGCGGAUUCUAACAGAAAUUGUUGUCUAAAAGUUUUAUUCACAUUAUUCGACUUUGCUUUAUUCAAGAACCCAACGUUUAUCCUUCUUAUGUUAAUGGCGUUCUUAGUAGCACCUGGAAGUACCAUAGUUGUGACCUUUAUCGCACCUUUUGCAAAAGACAAUGAUCAGUCCACGAAUAUGAUCGGGUACCUCCUUACACUCUGUUCAGCAGGUGACUUAACAGGAAGGCUCCUUUUUGUAUUCAUCUCAGACAACAAAGUUAUCCAAAGGUCUUAUAUGCUAACUAUUGCGUUGUUAGCCAACGGUUUGACAUGUCUUCUGGCUUCGUUUUAUGAUACCUUUGCAAAGCUUGCAGUGUUUGGAUUCUUGCAGUCCUCUUUCGCCGGUACAUACUAUUCAUUGAUAAAUGUACUUAUUGUGGAUUUCAUUGGCUUGGAGAAUUUACGUCACGGAUUGUCAAUGACUACGGUUGUACGAGGGAUAUCAGUGGCAAUAUCGUCAUCUGUUGUUGGUCUUCUGCGGGACCGGACCGGAUCAUACGUCGGUGGAUUCUACUUGAUGGGAACCUGUUUGGUGUUAGGUGGCAUUCUUUUAUUGUUAAAACCCUUAAUAGAUGAAUAAAAUUACUUUAAUGUACUUAAAAGUUGAAAGCGUUUUCAAUACAGUUAGUUUUGUAAUGUCACUAAGAUUUAAAUUGUUCUACAUUGUUGAAACUCUCAUUGAUCGAUGUAUUUAAAUAUCAUCGAUAAUUGCAUUUUCCCGCGUUUCGGUAGUAAUAGCGGGAGAAUGUUGUAUUUAAGGAACGGUGCAUUAUUAUGGAAGGGUCCAUUAGUAGCCAAUAGAAUUAGAGAGUAGAACAGGUUUUAGACAGGUGUUAUUAAGGUAUUCACUUCUAGCCGCCGCGCGUCAGGAGUUAGACAAAAUUUAAUAAAAAUUUUAUAACUAAGUAUCUUUAUGUAAAAUAUAUACCAUAUAUGUUGUGAGGUCUGUUCACAACCUCCCUGCAUCCAGCGGCACCUGGCAACAGACACAGGUUUUCUUGAGUUUUUAUAUUGCGAUUUUCAUCGUUUUAUCUCUAGUUUUUUCCUGGCCGGCCUUGAUGCAUUGUGUAAAGGGAGAUAUUUUUUAUGACUCUGAUAUUUAUUUUUGAUGUAUAUCGGUACACUAGUAGUUUUCAUAUAUUUAUAUAUGCUAGUUCAUCGUGAUGUUUUUCUGCAAGUUUGUGUAUAUAUAUGGCAAUAUUUAAUAAAUCAAAAGCGUCCAGCAACCACGGCUGGCUGUCAGG